CUGACAGCAAAAGAGACAUUCCUGCGUUCUUCCUCAGUAAAGACAACAGGACCAGGCUAAUAACAGGUCUGCACACACUGCAGAGUAAACAAAAUGAUGUUGAAUGAGCUGAUGACACAGUUCAAGAUGAAAGACUAUAAAACAUCCAAGCUGACCCUGAAGGAUAUAUUGGACGUUGGUCAGGAGAACGUAAAGGAUGGUGACCCUCAGACUAUAGAGGAGAUCCCUUGGUAUUGCUUAAGGAAACUCAUGGCUCUGAACAACAAUGCAAGAAAUACACAAGUUAAACAACAUUUUAACACAGGUUUUGAUGACUCAGAGCAGAAUAUAUGUGAUGAUUUAAAUUAUGUUUUUUUUGAAGAGGACACUUCAGGUUCCUUCCACCCACUGGAUGUUCUGUGCGUUCUUCUGCAUUGCUCAGAUGCAUUUUUACAACAGGAGAUUGUACUUAAAAUGUCCAUGUGCCAGUUUGCUGUCCCUCUGCUGCUCCCUGCUGGUGAUGGCAAACACUGCACCCUCAUGCUGUGGGCAAUGAGAGAGAUAGUAAAGAGAUGGAGACCACACUCAUUAGCUGAGUCUAAAGGCUUUAGGGAAGACAGCUUGGUGCACAUACCCAUGCCAACCUUUUCCUUUGUAAGACUGGGGGAAAGCAAAUUAUCCAAGUCUAAAACACUUAAUUCAAUUCUAAAUCAAGCUGGGCAAUACCACAACUUCUUCAUACAUAAUAACAUGGAAUGUGGUAACAUAGAACGCAAAAUCUCAGAUGGGACGGUAGAAAUAACCUGGUAUUUUCCUGCUUACAGAGAGAAUUCAGAUAAUUUCCCAGAACCCAUUGCAGUUACUAAUCUAAGAGGCGACCUCAGGUCUAACUGGACACAGUUCUCCUUAUUAACUCAGGUGUCUUCAGCUGUGUUUAUAUUUGUUGAGGAUCUCAGUAAAAAAGAAUUUCAGUUGUUAUCACAGUGCGGCAAUUCUGGCACAAAGUUUUAUUUUAUUAUCAGUCCCUGUAAUGGUAAAUGUGUGAAUAAGGAGACAUUGGAGGUACUGAAAGAAUUAUUUCCUUUGCUAAAAAUUGAUGCAAGAAAUGUAAUAAGAAAGGACAAAAUAGCUAAUGAUGCAAAACUGACAAACCCUAUACAUUUAACUAUCACAAGUGUAUUGAAAACCUCCUCUAAAAGAGUAAAUCUAGAGGAGAUGUCAGACACAGCCUAUGAACUCGGUAUCCUGGUUGAUGAGAAUAACAGUGAUUAUCAGAAUGCAGAGGUGUGCGCUACUGAAAUAACAAAGGAGAUUACAGAUGUGACACAAUAUAAAAUGCAAACAAUGAAACUACAAGGAGAUCUGUGGAAACAAUUGUCUCAGACAGAGAAAGAGAUGUGCAGAAUGAGAAAGCGCAGGGAUAAAAAUGUAGAGGAUUAUAAAUCUGAGUUAAGACAGCGACUUUUCGAGCUACGUAAGAAGCAAUAUCAACAUGAUCUACCAGAUGGUAUGGUGAAGUUUGUAUCUGCAAUUACUAAACUGUCUGAUGAAGAGAAACAUUAUUUCCUUAAAUUGGUGCAAUUUAAAAUUGACACAUUAACUAGAAAAAAAAUGACUUUAUUAAAGGCAGAAUACAAGGCCAAAUGUAAUGAUUUAUUAAAAAAUCAGUUAGAAUUAAAGAAACUAGAUGAGAUAAUUUCCAAUAGCUCCUUAGGGGUGGAACAUUUCCUGCGUGAGCUGGGGCAGUUUUAUGAGGCUGAGUUUUCAAUGAUGCAAGAAAAGCAAAUAAGUGCAGAACAAAGACAAUUUACCAGACUCCCAGGAAUAGCAGCUGUUCUCCUGCUGGAUGGGUUCCCAUUAGAGCUGAUUGAUGGAGACGCCUCCAACAUCCCCCUGCAGUGGGUAACUGAUGUCCUGACCGAGCUGGACAACAAGACAGGAGGAGGAUGCAGGCUGAGGGUAAUAACUGUUCUGGGGGUGCAGAGCACAGGGAAAUCUACCCUUCUGAACACCAUGUUUGGGUUGCAGUUCCCUGUGUCUACUGGACGCUGCACACGGGGAGCCUUCAUGACCCUUAUUAAAUUGAAGGAGAACUUCAAAGAGGAGCUGGGAUGUGACUUUAUUUUGGUGAUUGACACUGAAGGUUUGAAAGCUCCAGAACUGGCUUCUCUGGAGGAUAGUUAUGAACAUGACAAUGAGUUGGCAACACUUGUUAUUGGGUUAAGUGACAUCACUAUAAUUAACAUGGCCAUGGAGAAUACAGCAGAAAUGAAAGACAUUUUGCAGAUUGUGGUUCAUGCGUUUCUUAGAAUGAAAGAAAUAGGGAAGAAACACAACUGUCAGUUUGUACAUCAAAACGUCAGUGACGUAUCUGCUCAUGAAAAUAACAUGAGGGACAGAAAGAAACUUUUGGAGCAGUUAAAUGAAAUGACAAAAAUAGCAGCAAACAUGGAAAAAAUACGUGGUAUCUCAAAAUUCAGUGAUGUUAUCGAUUAUGACCUUGAGAAAAAUAACUGGUAUAUCCCAGGACUCUUGCAGGGUGUCCCACCCAUGGCUCCGGUAAACUCAAGUUACAGUGAAAAAGUUUAUGAACUAAAAAAAUAUUUAUUUGAAUUAAUUGGAAGUAUGCAGUGUGAUCAUCACCCUCAGAACAUACAAACAUUUAUUGAAUGGAUAAAAAGCUUAUGGAAAGCUGUUAAACAUGAGAAAUUCAUCUUCAGCUUUAGAAACAGCCUGGUCGCUAAUGCUUUUAACCAACUGUCUGUACAAUAUACAAAAUGGGAAUGGGAAUUCAGCAAAGAAGUUCACAAGUGGCUUACAAAUGCAGAGAUUGAAAUGAGAAAUCAGUCAGCAAAUAAACAAACAGAAACAUGCAUAAAAUGUAAACAAGCUCUUUAUAAGGUGCUGGAUAAAGAAGGCAAAAAAAUGUUAGACUUGCUAGAAAACUAUUUUGAGAAUGGUUCUGAGAAUGCAAAUGCGCAUCUUAUAGAAAAAUAUCGAGAAGAUUUCUUCUUAAGUGUGAUAGCUUUAAGCAAAGAACUUGAAAGAAACACACUAGACAAACUAAGUGAAAUUCAGCAUAUCCAGAAAGCAAAUAAUGAGAUUCAUUGUAUACAGGAUAAAGUGCAGGAAAUAAUUGAGAAGAAAGUCACUGAUCUUCUGGUAGAAUACAGGACAAAAAAGUGUAAAUUGAAUGAGUCAGAAAUAGAAAAGGCAUUUGAAACCAUGUGGCAGAAGGCGCUAUCAGAUCUACAAGUCCCGGCUCUAGAAAGACGCAAUAUCACUGAUGUAAUUUUACAACAACUGAGACAGGACAUGAGCAGCUACGGCGCUGCAAUAAAUGAAAGAUUACUGAAUAUGAAGUGUUUAAUUGAUGAUGGACAACAUGAUUUUAACACUGAUAAAAAGCAUGUUGAGACUGUUUGGCUUUCACUGAAAUGCAGUAAAUUCAAUGUAAGUGAUGAACAAAUUAAUAAAAUAAAUAAUUUUGCGGCAUCAUUAAUAAAUAGCUGCACUAAUUAUGUUAAAGAUAAGGUUAAUACAAAAGUUGACUAUAGUGACACUUACAGCCAAGAACUGUUACAUAUGAUAAAUGAGAGACUUGCUUAUAAGGAUGUUACACCAUUGUUUGAACUGGAUAUUAAGCGUUUUAUUUUGGGAAGAGCAGCUCUAAAGUUCCAGAAGAUGCACGAUGACUAUAUCCAACAGAACGACCCAACGAUCACUCUGGCAAACUUAAAACCUCACUAUUUUUCUCUCUUUAAAGAUAUAUUUCAGGAAAAAGAUGGUUGUCAGCAAAGGGCCAAGAGUUUCUGUGAGUUUUGUUUGAAGCCGGCAAUAACAGAAUAUAUUUACAGACAUCUUGGUGGGAAAAUGGUGGAUGAUUCUAUCUAUGAUCCAGGCCAUACAUUUAGCUGCCAGUCCUUCUUCCAGUUUACUCUGCUUGAGCAGCUUCUCAAAGAAAAUAACUUUGAUCAAUAUGUAGAGUAUAUUAAUAAAUAUGAGAUGUUUGCAAAAAACUGGAUAGUAAAAUUUAUCAACAACAAAUAUAAAGACUACAGAUCCCUAGAACAAUCAGUGACAGAAAUUGUGUCUAUUAUCAAAAAACAAAUUGAAAACGCUCUUACAAAUGAUGAAGUUCUAAAUAGUUCCACUGUCUCAGACUUUUUAAAAAAUGUCUGUGAGAUGCUAAACAAGGAAUUAGUUAUUCCACAAUAUCAGAUGAAAGUGACACUCUUCAAGAUAAAAGGAAAUGUCCACCAGUUUUCAACUGACGUUGCAUUUUUUCUCACUGAGAUAGAACAACAAAUUAUUUCAGAAACCAAAUCAUUAGAAAUUGAGGCUCUUAUUUCUAAACUGACACUGAAGCCUCGUGAUGAAUUGUUUAAGAGAAUGUUUGGAUGUGGGAAGCAGUGCCCAUUCUGCAAAGUCCCCUGUGAAGCUGGAGCUGUUAAUCAUACUGAGCAUUUUGCAUCAGUACAUAGACCUCAUGGGUUAGGAGGACGGGCAGAUUCAAGAAAGUUGAUUACUUCAAUAUGUUCUACUGAUAUUGCCUCUAAUGAUUUUUUCAGGAACAUAGACACAAGUUGGAAAUGGCACCCUUACAAAGAAUAUAAACAAAUCUACCCAGACUGGGCCAUCCAACCUGACCUAAGCAUCAAGUCCUCUGACUACUGGAAAUUCAUUUUUGUACAGUUCAACAAGCAGUUUGCUGAAAAGUAUGGUGCGGAACUGGCUGACCUGCCUGAGGAAUGGAAAUGUAAAAACAAAGAAGAUGCUCUGAAGAGUCUAAAGGAAGCAUUCAAUGUAAAAUGAUGUUGCUGAAAAAUAUUGUCUUCCCUACAUAUGUUACAGGGAUAACCUUUUGCAUAAAAGCAUCAUUUAUUUUUGGGGGACACUUGCCUUACCAAUUCACCAUGUGUGAGAUAUAAUAUACUUUAUUCUGGGAACUAAUACAACUAACUUUCUCCUACUCUUUAACAUCUAGCCAAAAAAUAAUGUUUUGAACACUGCAGUGAUAACAAUUGAUUGUUUAUGAGCCUUGUGAUAUCCAGGGCAGAGAACGUCUGUCAGGGCCCAUAUUAUGUCACCAAGUUUUUAAAAACAAUAAAUUCCCACCCAUUUACUCUCAAAAAUAAGUUUGUUCUUAUAAUGCACAUUUCACGUACCUACAUUUAACCUGAUUAUAGCCUUGUAAUUCUAGCAUUUUUUCAAUAGGUUAUUAAGAUGCCAUACAAUCAGAAACUACACUUUGCACAGAGCAAUAUGGAAUAUACUUUUAAUAAUGUGCCCAAGUAUUUUAUUCAGUGAUGCAAAUGUAGUCACAAGUAUAGAAUAUAAAAAUUACUACAAUGAAAAUGUACUGUGUUAAAAUAAAAUAAUAUUUUAAUGCAAAA